AACCAUGGAUAACAAAACGAGUAACAGAAAUCCUUGGAUUUGAAGAUGAUGUAGUAAUUGAGUUUAUAUUCAACCAGUUGGAAGUGAAGGCCUGAACCAAAAUGGAAGUUAUUCCUUGCGUCUGAAGUAUAGCACCAUCACCUUAUUAGGUCACAGCAGAGUGAGUGUCCAAUGUCGCUCUGACCCAACUCCCUUGAUGAUGCAGUGUGUGUUUGGAGAGUUCAACCUUGUGUUUUGAGAGAGCAGUUGACAUUUCAACUGAGAAAGAUAAAUGAUAUAACAUUAAACUCAAGGUGGUUGAGUUGCAGUAGGGAGUCGGAAGCAAGCCAAGGGAACAUCUUUCUCUACAGGGGACUUGGCGAUUCCAAACCCCCCAAGGUUCCAAGAAGAAACUGAAGACACCUGGAAUCUGUACUUGCUUUGUGCUGUUGAGCUGUGCUUGUUAUAUGGACCUUGUUGCUUGACCAACAAACAACAUUAGAUUUAAAAAGCCCACUUUAACUUUCAACCUCUCUUUGACCUCUUAACCCUUUGUGGACAUGACAUAAUUACUUAGAGGAAAGUCUGUAAGGCACGUACUUAGCAUAUGCUCCCUCAGUGCAGGCCUAGACUAGUGCUUUGGAGAAAGUAAGGAAAUGCAUGCAUGAACCUUGAGCUUUCACAGCAGGAUGUAAGGUCCUUAGCAGAGUGUCAAUUACACAGCUUCUGUCCGUUGUGCAGACAUUGAGACAUUUCCAAGCAAGGGGAACCAAAACAACCAGGAAAAAAAAAUGUUUAGAAAAUGAUAGUAAAACCUCAGAGCAGCUUUGUAAGGGUUUGUUAAAUAUAAGGCCCUCUAGUUCCUGUAGAGCAGCUACACAGUCCAAAAGCACCUACAAAACCCACAAAGGAUUAACAGGCCUUUCUGAAUAUUUGUGGUAAGACACACGAGAAAAGUUACUAGUACAAUAAACUUAUAUUGAUGAGAAUUCACUAGGGAAAGAUAAAAAAUAUCCUAGUUCUUGAGUGUAUAUGUAUUUUAGCCCCCUUGGUAGUGUUAAGUUUGAUAGAGACUGUGUGUUGUUUUUUCAGAUAACCGGUUUGUCUUCCUGUCACAUCUCUUUGCAGAACCCGGAUUCCAAAAUGAUGCAAAUCAACCUGACUGGUUUUUUGAAUGGGAAAAAUGCUAGGGAGUUCAUGGGAGAACUGUGGCCACUGCUAUUAAGUGCCCAGGAAAACAUUGCUGGUAUUCCAACUGCAUUUCUGGAACUGAAGAAAGAAGAAAUCAAACAGCGACAGAUAGAGCAGGAGAAACUGGCUUCUAUGAAGAAACAAGAUGAAGACAAGGAGAAGAGAGACAAGGAAGACAAAGACAACAGAGAGAAAAGGGACAGAUCCAGGAGUCCAAGAAGACGCAAGUCGAGGUCUCCCUCACCCCGGCGGCGCUCGUCACCCGUCCGCAGGGAGCGGAAGCGCAGCCACUCGCGCUCCCCGCACCACAGGACCAAGAGCCGCAGCGCCACGCCUGCACCUGAGAAGAAAGAGGUCACUCCUGAGCCAGAACCCUCUGUGAAACCAAAGGAGACUGUUGUUCAAGAGGCAACUUCAAACAGUGAUAUUCCAAAAGCUCCUAAGCCCGAACCUCCUGUACCAGAGACUAAGGAAACUUCACCAGAACGUAAUUCAAAGAAAGAGAGAGAGAAGGAGAAGGAGAAGACUCGUCAAAGGUCCCCAACUCGGUCCAAGUCAAGGUCAAGAUCUCGAUCGCGUUCUCCGUCUCAUUCUCGACCAAGAAGGCGUCACAGAUCACGGUCAAGGUCUUACUCCCCUAGAAGGCGACCAAGCCCGAGACGACGGCUGUCUCCCAGGAGAAGGAGCCCUCCAAGGCGAAUGCCUCCCCCACCCAGACACAGGCGCAGCAGAUCCCCCGUGAGACGGAGAAGGCGGUCAUCAGCGUCCUUAUCUGGCAGCAGCUCUUCCUCCUCCUCCUCGCGUUCCCGGUCGCCACCAAAGAAACCACCUAAACGAACCGUCUCCAGCCCUCCUCGGAAGACACGGCGGCUGUCUCCCUCUGCCAGCCCUCCCCGGCGGAGGCACAGGCCAUCCCCACCAGCCAGCCCGCCUCCGAAGCCGCGGCGCUCUCCCACGCCCCAGCAGUCCAACCGCGCGAGGAAGAGCCGCGGCUCUGUGUCGCCCGGCAGAGCGUCAGCACCCAAACAUAAGAGUACUGAGAAAAGAGAAUCUCCUUCGCCAGCACCAAAACCAAGGAAGGCAGAGCUGUCUGAAUCAGAAGAAGAUAAAGGAGGUAAAAUGGCUGCAGCAGACUCGGUUCAGCAGAGGCGUCAGUACAGGAGGCAGAACCAGCAGUCUUCAUCUGAUUCUGGUUCUUCAUCCUCAUCUGAAGAGGAAAGGCCUAAAAGAUCCAACGUGAAGAACGGGGAGGUGGGCAGGCGCCGGCGCCAUUCGCAUUCACGCAGCCACUCGCCAUCCCCUCGGAAGCGGCAGAAGGACUCCUCCCCUCGCAGGAGGAGGAGGAGCCCGUCCCCCCCCCCGGCCCGGCGGCGACGCUCCCCCUCGCCCGCGCCCCCUCCGCGGCGCCGGCGCUCGCCCUCGGUCCCGCGCCGCAGGUCUCCGUCACCGCCGCCGCGCCGCCGCUCGCCGUCCCCGCGGAGGUACUCGCCGCCGAUCCAGAGGCGAUACUCGCCCUCCCCGCCGCCCAAGAGGAGAACGGCCUCCCCUCCUCCGCCCCCGAAGCGCCGGGCCUCGCCGUCCCCGCAGGCCAAGCGCCGCGUCUCCCCCUCGCCCAAGCCGCGCGGCUCCCCGGCGGCCAAGCGGCGCUCGCCCUCCCUCUCCUCCAAGCACCGGAAGGGGUCUCCCCCCGGCCGGGCCAGUCGCGACGCGCGCUCCCCACCCCAAAACAAGAGGCACUCGCCUUCGCCCCGGCCUCGAGCCGCUCACACCUCGGCGAGCCCGCCGCCGCCGCGACGGGGGGCUUCAGCCUCACCCCAGAGAAGACAGUCUCCAUCCCCGAGCAGCAGACCCAUCAGGAGGGUGUCGAGAACGCCGGAGCCUAAGAAGACAAAGGCUUCCACGCCGAGCCCUCGAUCUGCGAGGCGAGUGUCUUCGUCACGGUCUGCCUCAGGGUCACCCGAGCCAGCCCCCAAGAAGCAUCAAGGGCCUCCGUCUCCUGCUCGGUCUCGUUCCCCUUCUGCCAACUGGUCACCUGCUAAAAAGGCUAAAAGCCCAACUCAGAGCCCCUCGCCUGCAAGGAAUUCAGAUCAAGAAGGGGGUGGAAAGAAGAAGAAGAAAAAGAAGGAUAAGAAGCAUAAAAAGGAUAAAAAGCACAAGAAACACAAAAAGCAUAAGAAGGAGAAGGCUGCAGCGGCUGUGGCGGCUGCUGCCGUGGCUGCAGCAGAUACCACCUCUGCACAGGAAGACCAGGAAGCAGAGACAGAGCCCAAAAAGGAGACAGAAAGUGAACCAGAGGACAACCUGGAUGAUCUAGAGAAGCACCUGCGGGAGAAGGCGCUGCGGUCGAUGCGGAAGGCGCAGGUGUCCCCCCCGUCCUAGGCUGAACCUUUGAUAUCAUUGUACAUUUUCUUUGGUUUGUACUCAGAAUUCAAUUUCCAAUUGCUAAAUGUGUUUGAGCUUUAGAAUAUAACAUUUGUUGUAAUAAUUGCUAGGUUGAGGUUCACCAUGUACAAAGGGCAUGGAUUUACAUUACAAAAGGUGUCCACAGUGUACUAGUGACAUUCUUUCAUUGACAGUCAACAUAAUCUCAUGUAGAGUGAGACUUCUUAGAAGCAGUAGGAGUUUGUUUUGAAGGUUUCAGCCACGACCGCCGGCUCCCCGAGUUCUCUGAGAUCCAGCACAGCCUUCAGCACCGCUGCUGGGGGGGCUCAUCUGACUUCUUUUGUAUCCACUUACAUUCUGCUACUAACCUCUGUGGUUUGUAAGCUUGGCCAGGAGUAAAACCACUGCAGAGUUCCCAAGGAAACACGUCUCUCGGCGCUUUCUGCUGUUGCCUGUGCAGCCUCCGCUGAAGCCGACCAGAGCAGCGUGGUACAGGAAUGAAAGCAUGUUGUUUACCAGGACACUGUGGGUUGAUCUCGAUGUAACAUGUUGAUUUGGAACACUGGAAUUUCAUUUGUAUUUUUAUGUUCUUUUUUUAAAGGGCAGUUUCCAUGAUCAGCAGUCCCAGAAAAAACCAAAACCAAACCAAACCCCAAUAAACUCCUUCAGUUCCACCCGUUCUGUCUGUGAGAUGUCGUUGCCCCUCCGUAGCCCUUGUCUCGUCCUGGUUCCUCUGGGUGGUGUGAGCAGCUUUCAGAGAUGUGCUCUCUGGAAGGCUGAGGAACCUGAACUUUGGAUAUUGUCACGUUUUCACUGGUUUUGUUUUUUUAACUGAAGCUCUAUAAAGCUUGUGGAUUAAACACAAUAAAUUUCUAAAUUUGA